CUUGUCUACUCCAACAAGCUGUUGGUGUUUCCUGCUGUGCUUGUGACCUCUAAAGGAAGUGUGAUAGUUCGAGGGCAAACCAUUGUCAUACCCAUAGAGUGCCAUUAUAAAAGGAAGCAGAGAGUCUAUGGAGAACCAAUAGCACCAACCUGGGUUCCAAUGACUUCUACCAUUGGUGCUUUUGGCCUUCUACAUUUCUCCCUUUCCAUAAUGACAGAAAGCUGCACCUCUCAUCGCAGUUCCUCAGUUUACCAGCAGGGGGAAGCAGGGUUUUUGGAGGCCCGUGUAGAGGCGCCGCUGCAUCCUUCCCUCACUCUUUAUGUUGACUCCUGUGUUGCUACACUGAAGCCAGACCUUCUCUCACGGCCGAGAUACAAGUUUAUCUCCAACCAUGGAUGCAUGAUGGACAGUUUACUGCCAGAUUCUUCCUCCAGAUUCCUGCCUUGGGAUCAAGCUAACAGACUUUGCUUCAGCUUCAAAAUGUUUAAUUUCAACCAAACAUCUCCAGAGCAGAUGUUCAUAAGCUGCCAUCUUAGAGCCACUUUGAAACAAAAGUCUCCAAGCCGUCAUAAUAAAGCCUGUUUCUUCCACAAACCCCCAUUCAGAUGGCGGUCCAUAGAGGGAGACAGCGCUCUGUGUGAAUGCUGCAACACUGACUGCUCAGGACUGGCUGGAGUGAAGAACCACGGCCAUCCAGAGACAGGUUACUGAACGCUUCAUAAAAUAAUACAUCAAAAACUUUAUCAUUAAUGCAUUAGAGCAGUUCCAUUUCAACCAGCUGGUUCUGUUGAUUUCUUGACAGAUGAGACGUUUAAGGCCCGCAGGACAGCUGGACCUCUUCAUGUUGUGCAUCAAGCCUACUGGACCAGAGAGCUUUCAGUCAGUUGAAAAAACUACUCCAGAUCCAGAGUUUGGUUGGUUUUGGUAAGACUUUAUUCUUUCUUCUGAAAACUUCAAGUGGACGGAUUUUGUCUGUAGCUAAAAGACUGAAUCACUUAUAUAAAUAUAAAGUCUCUACCAGUGGGAUUUCUUUUCACCUCUCAAAGCCUCUGAAGCUAUAAUUUCUCACUAAGAGAUGAGCUGAUGAACUAAACUUUACACUAAAAAUAUCAACAAUUGAAUCAUUCAGUAAGAAUUUUGAAUAAUCUUGUAAAAUAAAAUUGUUGGUUCAGUGAGG